GGUUUACAUGCCUCAUGCGAUCGAAUUGAAGUCGAAAUAUCGAUAUCGAUUCCGUGACGAAAUGUGACGUCAGAUCGACGUUGCACUAUGCGGUCGGGAUGCAGACAUAUAUCUCCUUAUCAGCAGCAAUCGUGUUCAAGGGUACACUCCAUCUAAAACAAACCAUACGCAAAACGGGAUAUGGUAUCUGGAAAGAAUCAAAUAUCGAGGAAUAUCGUCGUGUCAGGGGGUGCUCGUGGCAUCGGACGCGCACUGUCUCGCUACCUGCUGGAAGCCGGACACAGGGUCUACAUCUUCGACAUUGACGAGGACGAGCUCAAGUACACCACGACAACUCACCUUUCCCAAUACCACCGAGAAGGAAAGGUCGACUCGGCCGUGUGCAAUCUACGCGACGUGGAAGACAUUCGAUCCAAAGUCGCCACAGCCGCGAAGUUCUUCAACCAAAAGAUCGACGUUCUAAUCAACAACGGUGGAAUCGCGAGUCCCCAAUGGAGCGAAGGCAAGACCAUGGAGGACCCAUCGACAUAUAAAGAGUGGCAAGCAUACAUCGAGACGAACCUGACGGCGCCGUUCGCAAUGAGCCAGGCCUGCAUCCCGUAUAUGAAGUUCCGGGCAGACGAUGGCAACACCGGAGCACAUACCUCGCCUAACGCCGGGCCAUGCAUCAUACACAUCGGUUCAUUCCGCGCCCACCAGUCGGAUCCCAACCAGGAGGGGUACGCAUCGAGUAAAGCGGGUCAGCUGGGGUUGAUGCACUCCAUGGCCAUCUCCCUGGGUCCUCUGGGCAUCCGCGUCAAUCUGAUUGCGCCCGGAAGGGUCAAGGUUGCUCAUGAGAGUAGGGAGGGAGACGAGAAUGAGACGGACUGGGAGGGCCAGAUUAGCGAGAAGGAUGUCGAUGAUCAUCCUACGAACCGGGCGGGGAGGCCGAAGGAUAUCGCGGACGCUGCUCUGUAUCUUAUAGAGGCGGGUUUUGUGACUGGGCAAGAUAUCACAGUGGACGGUGGUGCGUUGCGAAAGAAGCGGUGAUUUCUUGUGCUUCGUGUCCGACGUUAUGUUUUCGAAAGAUGUUGUAGCUCUCCAUGAAGAUUUGGGUCAAUCAGUGCCUUGCAUAAACAGUUGUGGAACAGGUUCGUGCCUUGGAUUGUAGAGCCAAGUUCAAACGCCUCCAUUGAUCCUUGCCCACUUGCU